GUUGCACAGAGGGGUAAAGUGUACGGACUAAUCAUUUCGAUUCAAUCGCUCGAAGCGUUCGGGUGUGCGUAACGCAACGGAGCCCUUGGCUUUGUUUUGCUUCUAUAAGCCCUUUUUCGAACCGUGUGUGUUUGUGUGCGUAUAUAAAACAGUGAACCAGUGAAGAAACAGUGUAGCGUUCUAGGGGUGACUAUAGCUAAGCCAAGACGUAUGCUGGUGCGGCAUAAGCUUCGGUCUAGAAACAACCUGUUCGCCCUAUUCUUGACCGCGCCCGCUCAAGUGUGAUUUGUCUGUUGUUCUUUUUUUUUUGGUCAAAUCUUCAGAAACAAAGCAAAUGUUCGGACCGUCUUCCACGUGAAACACAACGCAAGGAAGCCAUUCAAAAGUUUGUUUUCGGUUUUGCACCCAUCCGCAUCCGGUCGUGAUUACGGUUGAAAUUCGUUGUUUUGUGUUUGCCCGUUUGCUUCAUUUUCGGGCCGCGAACCGGUUUCCCGACUCGCCCGUGUGCGUAAUAGUAGUGGUUCGAUUCUUGUGCGAACGGUGCGAGAUGACAGCUUAACCAAUAAUCAUCCGCCCAGGCAGGCCGCUUCGAGAUCAACAGAGAUCCACGAUCAUCGUCGUGCUAAACGAUCGCCAACUGUCAACAACACUUAACCAACUCUACUACUGCUCAGCUCAAUGUUCGUCGGAAUGGUGAUGACAAUGGUGACGACUAGUCACCGUGGUGGCAAGUAUGGCCGCUACCUGGUCUUCCUCAGUAUGUGCCUUCAACUAUUUCCCAUGGUGUGGACCGUGCCACGCUCCUCAACCGAUACGCUCGAGUCUCGGAUGCGAGACGAUCCCGAUCUGUCCGAGUUCUACUCCCUGAUUGAGCGAGAUGAAAUUGCAAUGUCCAAGCUGGUCCACCAUUCGCUAACAAUAUUUGCACCGACGAAUCAAGCCUUCCAGCGUUACCUCAACAAUAAGACGCACCUUAACUAUCACAUGUCGUCCACUCCACUGCGAUUAUCGCAGCUCGCUGAUACGGUGCGUUCGUUAAAUGAUGACGGUACACCGCUGUACAUUACCCGGGUACGCCCGCUGAGCGGUAUGCAGGAGGAUCUGUACGUGAACAGUGCGAAGAUUAUCCGGGAGCGUUCCAACAUGGAGUUUACAAACUCACGCGGUUACAAACAGAUUCUUCACAUUAUAGACGAUGUGCUGACGCCUAUAACGACGGUGUUUAACAAAACGUUGGAUACACCCAACCCGGACGCCUGGGGAUUCCUGCAGAGUGUGGAAGCGAUCAACAUUGAGCCACACCGUGUGAGAUCGUUCAGGAAGAAGAUAUUGAACCUAAAACGGGACCAAGUGUACAAGAAACCGGGCAUCUCCACCUUCUUCAUACCGGUGGAGACUGGCUUUAAGGUACCUCCACAUCCUACCUUGAGCAUGGUGGAUAAACGAGUGAUUGAUGGGCAUGUGAUACCGAACAAAGCCAUUUUCACCACACCUGCCCCGUACGGUCAAGCGUUGGAAACGCUCCAGUUUGAGGAUGAUCUACGAGUAACGAUUACCUUCUUCCGGCACGAGACUGGAAAGAAUGCGCGUGUGUUUGUGGUGUCCAACACGAUGUACUCCAACUCACGGCUCACACCCGGUGCGGUAAUAGCGGAAAUCGUAAAAGCAAACAUACCGGUUGCUAAUGGUGUAGUUCAUCUGAUUCACCGACCAUUGGUUAUCGUCGAUAUGCACGGUCUGCAGAUGCUCGCGCAGGAUAACAGCCAUACCCUGUGGUCGAAAUUUCGGGACUUGAUUGAUGAUUAUGCGCCAGACUUUCUGAACACCUUGAGGGGUAUGAACCAAAUGACGAUCUUCGUACCGCAGGAUGAUGCUGUUACGCAGAUGAUGCAAACAAACUUCAUGAGCAACCGGAAGAAGCUUCAUGAGGUGUUAAUGAUGCACAUAGUACCGGAUGCUAUUACGAUCGAUAAAAUAAAACGUAACAAUCAGAAUCAUAUUUAUCAAAUUCCAACCUUGACCAGUCGGCGCUUUAUCUACUUCAAUCUGAACGAAAAUCGUACCACGCACGCUAAAAGUGUUACCGUCGAAGGUGGAGGUGUGAAUGCAUCACUGGUACUGGGCGAUAUUGCCACGAAGGAUGGCUACAUUCACAUCAUCGAUCGGAUGCUCGGCGUAUCGUACAUGACCGUACAGGAAAAGCUUGAAACCGAUCCAAUGCUAAAUCUCACCUAUCAAUUUGGAAGGUUGAACCAUUUUAACGAUCAGCUAAACAUGACGAACAAACGAUUUACCUACUUCGUACCGAGGGACAAGGCAUGGAUCCAGUGGUUUAUCGAACAUCCGGCUGCAAAUCUCGACGACUUUGUCCGGGACCGUGAACAGUCUCGUCUGGUGCUGGAGCAUCAUCUUAUCGUUGCUGAUCGGGUGUUCAGUAUGGGUGAUCUGAGAAAUAUGUCCCACGACUCACUCAUCCUACCGACGGUUGGUCCGGAAAGUUUGCAAAUACGCGUCAAAGAAGAGGAUAACAGGUACUUUAUACAGUGGAAGGAAACGGGCCGCUGGACUACGGUGUUUCGUGCCGAUGUCGAAUGUACAAACGGGCUGAUCCACGUCAUCGAUGUACCGUUCGUGCACGAAUACGACAUGAUUACUAGCGGUGGUAGUGAGGCAAACCUUUGCCCAACGGCACUCACACUGACGGUGACAGUAUUAGCGAUGUUUGCAACGAAGGGAACGUUCUGAAACGUACGGCAGUACGUGAAGUUUCAACAUUUAUAAGGCACACCUGCCAUAAGAGGAUACCGAUUUGUGGAUUAGGCUUGCGAGUUUGAACUGUCCGACCGGAACGGCUCAAACUGUCAUUUUGUUGCCAAAUAUUGUUUGGGUUUUUUGCGUUGAAACUCUUUCUUUAGUGGUACCGUAGUACGAAUUCGCAUUCUGUCUAUUGCCCUGAUAGUGAUGUUAUUAUGUAUCUCUGUAUUUCUCUCUUAAUCUCAUAGCGGUAAUGUAUUAAGAAAACAAUUAGUUGCAUUUCAAGAAUCUCGUAAUUAAUGACUCAGUUAUUAUGUUCAAGUCGAUAAACCAUAGGGAGUGUGUUUGUAUUUAAAAACAAAAACAAAAAACAUUUACAUCAUUUUAAGCCUAGCAAGUACGUUAGAUUAGACAUGAGGGCUUGUGACGUUUGUUUUAGUCUUGUCUAGUAAUAUUGUUCCUUUUUUUUCCUUCAAAAAUCAAAACACGAAAAAACACAAAAAAAUGUAUGAUUCUUGAUUGGGUUUUCAACGUGUUGCAGUAGAACCCUUACUGUUUCCUUCGCUUUUCAAACAUUAUAUCCGUACCUUUUUCAAUGUGUUCGUGUGCCUUAAUAUACAACAUAAUAUAUACAAACAAACAAACAAAAUCCCGAGGAAGGAACAUUACCAAUUGCCGUAAUUACCGUAAUUGCCUAGUUCAAAAAUGCCUUCUGCCCGCAGAUGUACUAUAGAUACAGAUUUCUACAGCUGGCAAAAAUGUUGAAACGAAGUAAGAUAAGCAAAAAAACAAAACUAAGCUGUGCGCGCGCGUGUCUGCUUGUUGAACACUGUAUUUACAACAUCCCGGCACCGGUGCUGUGGAAGGUAUACUGAUAACCAAAAAUGGCCGUCGCAUGCAUCGUAGCGGAUGCGGCACAAAACGUGUCAGAUUUAGUUUUGUCGAGCCAAGGUAUUGCUACAAUUGAUAUUAAAUAGUCAUCCUUUUGAUACUACUACUUCCCAUUCGUAAUCCAGCGUUUUGUUUGGUGUUUUCUUUUUAGGAUUACGAUGAUGCUAGGGCGUAAGUGUAUUGCCAAAUUAAGCGUAAUAUAAUAUAAAAUGAAGGAAAAACACAGGAACCCACGAAUGGAAGGGUGAAAUACAAACGAACUCCCUUUUAAAUGUCGCUUCACCCUCUGAAAACUGUUCCAGAAACCUUUAGUCACCUUAUUCGGUAAAAAAAAAAUAGUGUAGUAAUCUUGUAUUCUAAUUUGGUGAUUUUUGUUCGCAAUUUGGCGCGUGCCUUCUGUUUCACUGUUGUCUUUUUUUGUUUUUGUUUUUGUCUUUAGCAUCUAAAGAAUGUCCAAUACUUUCUAGCCUGUAAACAACCAGAAAACUCGAACCCGAUAACUGUAAUAAUGUAACAAGAAAACACGUUUAGCUUGAUGAAUUGAAACAUCUAAAUAUAAGACGAUAACGCUAAGAUGCGUA